AUGAAGUUGGAAGUGACCAAGCAGUUCUCCACUCGCUCGGAAAGAGUGAAGGGCAUUGAUUUCCACCCGACCGAGCCCUGGAUUCUUACAACAUUGUACAAUGGUAAGAUCGAAAUUUGGUCCUACGCAACCAACACGCUCAUCAAGCUGAUCCAAGUCACUGACUUGCCAGUGAGAGCUGGUAAGUUCAUCGCAAGAAAGGCUUGGAUUGUUGUGGGCUCCGAUGACUUCCAUGUGCGUGUUUACAACUAUAACACUGGUGAAAAGAUCACUCAGUUCGAAGCUCACCCAGAUUAUAUCAGAAGUAUUGCUGUCCACCAGUCCUUACCUUAUGUCUUGACAUCUUCGGAUGACUUGACCGUUAAAUUGUGGAACUGGGAGAACAAUUGGCGUUUGGAACAAACUUAUGAAGGCCAUCAACACUACAUUAUGAGCGUAAACUUCAAUCCAAAAGACCCCAACACUUUUGCAUCGGCAUGUUUAGAUAGAACUGUCAAAGUUUGGUCUUUGAGCUCGCCAACCCCUAACUUCACGUUGGUCGCCCAUGACGAGAAGGGAGUGAACUACGUGGACUACUACCCCCAGGCAGACAAGCCAUACCUUAUCACAGCCUCUGACGACAAAACCGUCAAAGUUUGGGACUACCAGACAAAGUCUUGUGUCGCCGUUUUGGAAGGUCACUUGGCCAAUGUUUCCUUCGCCAUCUUCCAUCCUGAAUUGCCUUUAAUCGUUUCCGGUUCUGAGGACGGCACUGUCAGAUUUUGGAACUCAAAUACUUUCAAGUUGGAGAAGUCUGUCAACUAUGGCUUGGAGAGAGUUUGGUGUGUCGGCAUCUUGCAAAAGUCUAACUUGAUCGCCGUCGGUUGCGAUUCCGGUUAUAUCGUUGUCAAAAUGGGUAACGAAGAGCCCUUGUUCUCUAUGGACAACAAUGGUAAAUUGAUCUACGCUAAAAACUCCGAGGUUUACUCUUCGGUUAUAAAACCCACAUCCACUGAUGGUAUAAAGGAUGGUGAAACCUUGCCUAUCCAACAAAAAGACUUGGGCACUGUCGAAAUAUAUCCACAGACUUUGGCACAUUCGCCCAACGGAAGAUAUGCUGCUGUUUGUGGUGAUGGUGAAUAUCUCGUCUACACUGCUUUGGCUUGGAGAUCCAAGGCUUUCGGUAAGGCUUUGGACUUUGCUUGGAACUCUCAUGACAUGUCCAAUGCUACCUCAUUCGCUAUAAGAGAAAGCAAGCUUUCUAUUAAGAUCUUCAAGAACUUUCAAGAACAUGUUGCAGUUGACUUGGUAUACGAAGCUGACAAGAUUAUUCCUGGUGCUUUGUUAGGUGUUAAGUCCAGUGGGCUUUUGUGCUUCUACGAUUGGGAGACUGGUGCAUUGGUGAGAAGAGUCAACCUCGCACAAAAUGAUGUUCAAGAUCUUGUGUGGUCUGACAAUGGCGAGAUUGUUGCCAUCUUGACUACGAGCAUUGCGACAGAGACCGGCGCUGGUACUACUAGUGCUGGUAAGAACGGAAAUGAGACUUACUUCCUCAGCUUCGACCGUGCAGUCUACGAUGAAUCAUUAACCGAUGGUACUUAUAGCUCUGCUGAGGGAGCAGAAGCUGCAUUUGACGUCCUUUAUACAUUGCCCUCGUCGGAACCAAUUUUGUCUGGUAAGUUUAUUGGCGAUGUUUUCGUGUACACCACAGGAAGCACCAACAGACUCAAUUACUUCGUCGGCGGAGAGGUCAUCAACUUGAGUCACUUUGACCGUAAGUACUACGUCAUUGGCUACAAAGCUGCUGAUGGCAAGCUUUACUUGAUUGACAAGGCUUUUAAUGUCAUCUCGUGGUACUUGAACGCCAAAAUUUUGGAGUUGCAAACAUUAGUCAUGCGUGGUGAUCUUGAGCAAUAUGCUAAAGGCUUUGUUGAGGAGGAUAUCCCAGAUGUCUCUACCAUUGGCACCGAAGAUUUGGAAGGUGAAUACUCUGAAUACCUACAGGACUUGUCUAAGACUGAACUCAAUCAGCUUUCAAGAUUCUUCGAAAAGCUUGGCUACAUGAAGUUGUCUUUCUCUUUGUCGCAGGACUUCGACUCCAAGUUCCAGAUCUCCUUAACUACUGGUGAUCUAAACAAGGCAUAUGAAUUGCUUGCUGAGAGUCAGGAGCAAAAUCCUCUGACCGCUUCGGCAAACGUCAUCAAGUGGAAGAAGUUGGGUGACUUGGCCUUGCUGAAAUGGCAGAUUAAGCUCGCGGAAGACUGCUACUGGUUAGCUAAAGACCACUCAUCAUUGUUGCUUUUGCUUUCGUCAUCCAAUAAUCAAAAGCAGUUGGCCCGUCUAGCUGAGAGCACAGAGACCUUGGGUAAGUACAAUAUCGCCUUCCAAGCCUGGUGGUUGACUGGAAACGUCGAAAAAUGUCUCGACCUUUUGGUGAAGACCGAGCGCUUCACUGAGGCCGCUUUCUUUGGCCGCACGUAUGGUGUCAGUGACUCCAAGCUACAGGAGAUUGUUGCCUCUUGGAAGAAGCAGUUGGAGUCCAAGGGUAGAGCUAGAAUCAGCGAGCGUUUGAUUACGAGUCUCUCCAAUCUCACAGUGGGCGAGCCACCUGCCCAGGAUGCAUUGAUUGAUCUUGAAGAUAACAAGCAUACUAUAGAUGAUGACCUUCUUGAGGCUUAA